AAAAGAAAAGCAAGGUUAACAAGAACAACGUGGUGGGAGGGAAGAAAGAAAGAUAAAAAAAAAAAAAAUGGAGAUGGAGAUGAGCUGCGAAAACCUACCAAGCCUUGUAUCUUCAUUCGUCGACACUUUCGUUGACUUUUGUGUAACCGAUGGAAUGUUUAUGCCCCCGGCCCCACCUCCGCCGUCUCCUCCUCCGCCUACUUUCAUCUCAUUACAAUCCUCCUCUUCAGAAAACCAACGGCGGCGAUUAAUCGCAAUCGGCGAUCUCCAUGGCGACCUGAUGAAAUCAAAGGAAGCACUCCGGUUAGCCGGUUUAAUCGAUUCGAAAGAUAACUGGUGCGGCGGUGGGUCCACUCUUGUUCAGGUCGGUGAUGUCCUUGACCGUGGUCAUAAUGAAUUAAAAAUUCUUUAUUAUUUUGAAAGACUUAAAAGACAAGCUGUUAAAACAGGUGGUAAUGUUAUUACUAUGAAUGGAAAUCACGAGAUUUUGAACUUAGAUGGCGAUUUUCGGUACGUUACUCCUUCGGGUUUAGAUGAAUUUAAUCGCUGGGCUUUUUGGUAUUCAAUUGGUAGUAACGUGAAAAGAAAAUUAGGAGGAGGGUAUAAGGAGAGUAACGACUUGUAUGACGGUAUUCCGUCUACUUUCCCUUUUAUAAAACGCCGAUACGUUCAAGGAUUUAGGUCUCGUAUAGCUGCAUUGAGGCCUAAUGGUCCUAUUUCCACUAGGUUUUUAUCAAACAAUUCGACCGUGCUUGUUGUUGAUGACUCUGUGUUUGUUCACGGUGGCCUUUUGGCGAGUCAUGUUGAUUAUGGUUUAGAACGGAUUAAUCAAGAGGUUAGCGAUUGGAUUAGCGGGACUAAACGUAAGGUUACUUCUAGUUUAGUUAGGGGAAGGAAUUCUGUUGUUUGGUUGAGGAUAUUCUCUAACGAGCAAUCUAAGGACUGUGAUUGUCGUACGCUUGAACACGUGCUUUCUACUAUUCCCGGGGCCAGGAGGAUGAUCAUGGGUCAUACGAUUCAAGAGUCGGGUAUUAAUGGUGUUUGCAAUAACAUGGCUAUUAGGAUUGAUGUUGGCAUGUCUAGAGGUUGCAUUAAUGGAUUGCCGGAGGUUCUAGAGAUUACUAAUACUCAUGGAGUACGCAUCCUAACAUCAAACCCCAACCCCAACCCUCCUCCUCAACAGCCUGUUUUCAUCCCUCAAGAAGUUGGACCUAAACAAGUUCCAGUCAAGGCUUAAUUUCUGCUGCUAUAAGUUUUUGAUUUUGGUCCUUUUGUUACACUAGAUAGCUUCUAGACUGUAGUUUAAGGGUUGCUGGCUGGCUGCUGCUUUUUAAGUGUAUCCUAACAAUGCAACUUUUACAUUUAAUAAUUAUAUUAUUUCUUUUGUAUUA